UCUUGGAGACCUGUCAGGUUUUUUGCAGUGAAAAUGGCAUCUUCCCAGCACCAGCAUCAACGCAAGCAAGCUCCGACUUUGCCCCCUGAAGUCUGCAAGACAGCGCCGUGCCCACCGGAGCAGCAAUGCAAACAACCCCCAGUUGUGGACGUGCCAACUCCACAUGUGCCAGAACCUAAGCCGUGUCCUCCACAGGAGCCACCAUGCAAGGAACCACCAGUGGUGAUCAUCCCGUGUCCAGAGCCUAAGCCAUGUCCUCCAAAGGAGCCUCCGUGCAAGGAGCCACCAGUGGUGGUCAUCCCGACUCCAUGUCCAGAACCUAAGCCAUGUCCUCCAAAGGAGCCUCCAUGCAAGGAACCUCCAGCUCCAACCCCAUGUCCUCCACAGGAGGAACAGUGUUGUCAACAGAAAUCUCAAUGCAAGGAGCCACCCGUUAUCCCAACUCCAUGCCCAGAGCCCAAACCACCACAAGAGCCUCCAUGCAAGGAGCCACCAAUCGUGGUUAUCCCUCCACAAAAACCUCCAUGCAAAGAGCCACCAGCACCAACUCCAUGUUCUCCUAAAGAACCAGAACCGUGUCCUCCAAAGGAGCCAACUCCAGAUUGUCAACAGAAGACUCAGUGCAAGCAGCCUCCAACUCCAUGUCCAGAACCCAAACCAUGUCCUCCACAAGAACCUCCAUGCAAGGAGCCACCAGUCGUGGUCAUCCCAACUCCGUGCCCAGAACCCAAACCAUGUCCUCCACAAGAACCUCCAUGCAAGCAGCCACCAGUCGUGGUCAUCCCAACUCCGUGCCCAGAACCCAAACCGUGUCCUCCUCAGGAGCCUCCGUGCAAACAGCCACCUCCCUGUGACCAACAGCAGCAGAAGAAGCAGCCAUGUUCAUGGCCACCCCAGAAUAAAUGAGCGAGUCAGUGAAGAAUCCAUCUCUCUGAGUCUACAUCUUACCACAUCAAACAUACCUCAUCUUUGUAUCCCUUUGAAAUGCUUUAAGAAAUUCUUCUAACGUUGCAGAAGUCUCACCCAGAAGUCUCAUCAUGUCUAUAAAUGUGAUCAUGUUUCAAUUUCCAACCAGAGUGGAUUUUUCAAUAGAGGCGCAAUAUAAUCUCGAAUGUUCUCCUUUUUGGGGGGUGUUUUCUCUUUAUGUUAACCAUACUGUUGCGUUUAUUCUACCUUAACAGUCAUAGUCUCGCUCAUCUGUAAAAUUUGUAAUUACUUCUUAUUCUUUGUACCAUUUAUAUAUCCCCGAAGGAGGUGUGAUGGGGGACUCGGUUGGUUUUCCACACCAGCCAUUCUCAAAGAACACUGCAGAGUUGGGUGUCGGUGAAACGCAAAGCUAGCUUAGGCCCUCCAAAGUUGGACUUUGAGAAGUGAGAGAGAAGGUCCACCUUGUUAUUUAAGCUCCUCCCCUUCGCUAUCAGGAGAGACCUAGUCUAGUCAGCUAUUUGCCCCACACUUUAGAUAGGACAAAUUCCUAAGUCAACCAAAAUGGAAGAUCUGCUCUCUGUAGAGAAGAAAUUGGGGGUUGGUGGUUCUCCAGAGGUUGAUAGACUAUCAUUGGACCAAUGGUCUUAUUGGCUAGGAUGGGUAGAAAUUGGAUGACAAACCAUAUCCCAAGGGCCAUAAAUUCUUCACCUUGGUUUGGAAAGUCCAACAUACCUUUAGGUCCUGCAAAAUGCUUUUCAAAAGGUGUCUUCUGGAAUGGCAAGACCCAUCAGAAGACACUGGGAAGUUCUUUAAUCUUCAGGGAGAAGGUCAGGAGAAGCUCAACCUCUCAGAUGCCCAUGGAAUAUUGGGGAAAGGCUGAAACUUUUCAGGGUUUCUCAAUCAGAGUGAACACCCCCAAAAUAAUUAACCUUCAGAAAAUCAUGGUUUUAGUACAGUAAAUACAGGUUUAAUUUUUAUUAUUUUUAAAUUGUGAACUGGAUGGCAGGAAGCUGAUUUUGCCAGAUGACACCUGUAUCAUGAUUGGGUAGCAAGCGUGUCUCCUCUCCAUGGAGUCAACAUGUUGCCAUAAAGAUGCUGAGUCUUCAUACUUCUGAAUUUAUCUUUAACCAACUUGUAAAUAAAUUGAACGAAUAAAGGAAAAACAAUGAA